AGGUGCUAAUGUUUGAAAAUACAGAGAGGGGUGUCGUUCAAGAAGGGGCUAAUGAAGAUCUAGCUGAGAAGGUUAAUGGCAUGAGCGAUCACACAAAUGUUCUUGAAAUCAGAAAAGAUCGGCUGAAGGAAAAGCUGUCAGGAACAGCCUUUGGAGAAACAAAACUCAGCAAGCCUUUUGCAAAACCACAGAGUGCAGUCAAAGAGGUGGUAAUCCAGGAGGUACUGGUAGGAGAACAAAGAGAACAGUUGGCCAAACUGGAAAACAAACUUCAAGGCAAGAGUGAGACCCCAACACAAGAAAUUCCAGACAAAGGUGCAGCUGUUCCACUGCAAGAGAUUCUUGGUGAAAGUCAAGACAUUCCUCUAGAUAUACCAGCCGUAAAAGAGAUUGUCUGGCAAGACCUUGACAAAAGGAUUGAAUUAGACAAGGUUGGAGCUAUUAUCAGGAUGGACACUGGGUAUGCGGUAGAUAUAAAAGAAAAAGGCAUAAAUAUCAGUGAACAGAACGAACAAGUCAAAAGCCUGACGAAUGACUUGAGAGACGUUCAGGUGAAAGUGGUGCUUCACACAGAAUCUGAAAGAAAGCUACAAGAAAGGAACAGAAUGCUGGAAUCUCUCUUGGAAGACAUGCAGAAAGACUGUUCGAAAAAUGGACGGGAUAAAAUUACUCGAAUGGAGAAACUGCUGAGCAUGAGAGAAGAGACCAUACAGGGGCUUCAAAGCAGGCUAACCAGUCAAGAACAGCUCCUGAAAGAAAUGGAGGAGACACAGAGGAGACUGUCCAUACGCAAUGAAGAACUUGGUGCUAAACAACGUGCCUUGAGUGAUGAGGUUCACAGAUGGAAGGCGAAGUGCACAAACCAUGAACGGUGUGACAAGGAAAAAAAAAUUGAAAACAAACAACUGGAAGAGAAAAUUCAUCGACUGGAGUCUGAAAGUUCACACUAUGAAUCCAAACUGCGAGAAAAAAUAUGUGAAUUUGAAGGCCUCAGCACCAAAAAAGAUAAGGAAAUCACUGAUCUUUUGUCUGAACUGAAAAGGUUAACGACAGACUUUGAAAUUAAGGAGUCUGUGUGGCAGAAAGAAAGGCAAAAUCUUGAAUUGCAGCUAAGGAAAAAGGUGAGGGAGUUACAGGCAUCUGAUGAGCAUUACAAAAUGUUGAAACAGGACUUUGAUUUUCUGAAAGAAAAUAUUUGUAAGCUGAAACAAAUGGAAACCACACUUCAGCAGAGGAAUGAAGCACUGGAUAUUCAGCUCUUACAGAACUCUCAGCUUGUGACGUCGUUAGAGGAGACAAUAAACAGAGAAAGACAGGUUUUAAAUAGCUUGACAAAUGACCUUAGUACUAAAGAUAAGAAAAUCAAAAACUUACAACAGCAAGAACGUGCAUUGCAGUCACAAGUAAAGGACUUACAAGAGGACUUGGAGGAGGCAAAAAGAGAGAGAAUUGACAAGCAACCUGAAGAGCAGAUGGCUAACCAGGAGCUUCAGCUUUUGUCACAGAGGGUAAAAGUGCUGGAGCACAGCCUCCGGGAUAAUGUCAACAGCUUCACAGAGUCUGAAGAAGCACUGAAAAACCGAAUUAAAGAACUGGAAAUGUCAGAAAGAAAUCUUCUGGCUAAGGUGGACAGUCUCACUGUAAGGUCAGUGCCAUCUGCUGUCCCAAGACAAAGACAAGAAGACAAGCUUCAAAUGCUCAAGGAAGAAAUACAGAACAUGGUAUCAGAAAAGGAAAAACUAGAAAAGGUUUGGAAGGAGAAACUGCAUCGCUUUCAGAACCAAAUAAAAAUGAAAGAAGAAGAGAUGAGAAAGCAGUCAGAGUAUUUCGAGCACUACAAGCAGAAGCUUAAAUGCAAGCUGGGUUUCAUGAAGGAACGGGAGCAAGGCCUGCAGGGUCAGAUAUUUAAGCUGGAGAGGGAGAUCAUCAAGCUCACUGCCUCUGCAGCUCUGCUGAGGACAGAGCUGGAGAAACACACCUUGGAUUCUACUGCUUUUGCAAGAGGCCAGAGGCUGGCAGAGUUGGAUGUGGCGGACACUAGAAUAACAUCCUUUCUUGACGGAGGUGAGGAUAAGAUAAAGGGAUUCAUCCGCAGUCUUCAAGAGGAUUUAAACAACUUGCUGGAAAGGGAAGAGGCCAGUCACAUGGAGAGGAGAGAACUUAAAGACCGGCUUCAGGAUGCUGAGGAGAAUGAGGAAUUUCUGAGCAGAAAGCUGGAGGACUUUCGCUCCCGCAUACACGAGCUGAAGCUGUCAGAAAGCAGCCUUUUGGAAGAGCUGGAGGAGCUUGCGGAAGAGAAUGAGCGCCUCAGAAGAAACUUACCACAGGCAAGGAAGGAUAUCAACUCCAAAGAAGAAUGUUCUGCCAAUUUUGAAAACAAGGGACCUGUAACUGUUGACAGCAAGUUUAUGGACUCCCUGAAGUCUAAUCAACUGAACAGGCUUUACACCACAAUCACAGAAUUUAUGGAAGAGCAAGACUUGCAGAGCCAGUACAUACAGCUAAAUAACGCUCUGACUGAUCUUAAAUCAAAGCUUCAGGCUGGUGAUAUUGUCUUCAUAGAGGACAUGUUGCAGUUGAAAAAGGAAGCUGUUCUUGAUCCUUCCAGGAAUAAAGCUGUUCAGACCCCAUCACUGACACAGUGCCUGAAAGAAUCAAUCUUCAUUGCCAAAUUGGUUCCUCAGCUAGGAUCUUCAUUUCAGUGCUCAUGUGAACUCCUGGAGCAGUGGGUGUUUCCAUUCCUGGAUAAUAACUCACGGGUCCUCAUGGAAAUCAUGCAAGCUCUUCGUCAGGGAGACUUAGGCCAAGUCAAGUUGAUAAUGAGAGAGCCUGAGACCCAAUCGGAGUUGUCUCACUUGUUUAAAACUGUUGCAGAGUAUGAACUCACACUGCCUUCUAAGCUAUGGAUCCAUAACCAGAGCCAGGAUACAGAAGAGAGUCAACAUGAAGGAGACAAUUUUUUCUCAAAACAUAAAGAAACAGUUGUAAUUCACUCACAGCAAGGCCUUCUGAAGGUUAUGGGCCACAAAACCCAGAAUACCAAUUUUAUAUCUCUAGUCACUAAAACCAUAGAUGUUGACUGUAGUACUGUGGAUAAUCACACUGUUCAGGAGUGUUCUCAUAUGUCAAGUCCUUUAUUUACUACUGAAUCCCCAGCUGAGGGAACUGAGUCCCUGAAAGGAACUACACUGAAUUUAGAAGCUGAUGCACAAGGUCUCCAGAAAAAGAAGGUGGAGUUGGAAAGCAUUUUCUUUGAAAAUGCUAUGCAAAGACUGUCUGAAGAUGAAGCCAAACUAAAAUUUGGCAUGUUUCAGAGACAGAUGGUUCUGGAAGAACAGGAAACUUUGAAAGGAGAAAAUGACCUGAAGUUGGAGACGUUAAAAAAUAAUUGGAGACAAGAAAACAAAGUCCUUGGAAAACGCAAUGAGGAACUUCUUGAGCAAAUUGUAAAACUAGAAAGGGAGCAUGAGAUCCAAAUAGUGAAACUACACAAACAAAUUUCACAGUACCAGGAGAAUAUUUCAAAGCUGAAGGAGGACAAUCAUAAAUAUUGCUGCACAAUUCUGGAACUCCAGAAAAACAAAGAAGAAGGCUCAAAACUGAUUCUUGAGCUACAGGAAAGCAGCAAGAAAAUGUCUUCAGAGAUCCUGAUUUUUCAGGAGGAAAAAGUAAAACAUCAUCAGAAUAUGCUAAAGCUGGAAAAUGAGAACAAACAGAAUUUGCAUCAUUUUUUAGAGAGUCAAGAAAAGGUAGAAGAGCUUUUGAAUUUUACUUCACAACUGAAAAAGGAUCUAGAAGAUAGUUCUGAAAUAAUCAAACAGUUGAAAGAAGAGAAAGACCAGCAACAGAUUCUUAAAACAAAAGUGGAAGAAGAGAAUUAUCAGCACUCCCAGACUAUUACAAACCUUGAAGAAAAGAUAGAAAAUUGGUCUAACAUAACUGUACAGCUCAAAGAAGAACUGAAGGAUACAACUGCAGAAAAUGGUCUUUUGGAGACACAGAUCCAAGCUUUAUCACUCAAACUGGAAACCUUAACUGAAACAAAUAAUUGUCUUAUCCAUAAAAUUAAUGAGCAACAAGAAGAUAUCACAAAAGGUUCAAAGCUUAUUUUGGAACUUCAAACUGAAAAAAGCAGGAGUUCUCAGGAGAUAGCUGAAUUGAAGAAAGUCAUAAAGAACUCUGAGCAGGAAUUUAUGGUACUUAAAAAUGAAUGUGAGACGAGCGCCAAAAAAUAUUCAGAUCUUCAAGAGGCACAUGAACAGCUCACCGAGACUGUGGCUCUUCUUCAAGAAGAGAAAAGUAAUCUGGAAAGAGAACUGGGAGUUAUGAGAAUAAAGGAUGCCAAUAACAAGAUGGAAUGGGAAAGUACAAUUAAUAUCACGAGCGACAAAAAUAAAGAGCUUUUAGAAAAAGUUUUAGUCCUGGAAAACCGUGAAAAACAAAUGAUUGUGAGAGAAGCGGGGAUUAGGGAAGAAAUGGACGUAUUAAGAAGAGAAAAUGAGAUGCUUUUAAGAAACAACAUGGAUCAAAAGAAAGGAAAUUUAGAACAUCCUCAAAAGGAAAAUGAGGGAAAAAAUGAGAAGCUGGUAUUCUCAGUCAGAGGGCAUCCCAUUUUCCAGGCGAAGCCUAGUGUGAGUGAAGAAGACGCUGAGCUGCGAAAGGAGCUGGGACACAUGGCAGUAGAGCUGAAGACUUCUCAGGAAGAGCUCAAAAAGGCAAAAACCGAGGCACAGAAAUGGUACAGAGACUUGGGUCUGGCGGAGUCUAAACGAGAGGAAGCAGUGAAGAACCUCUCCCAGGCUGUGAAUGAAGUCAAAAGAAUGAGAGAGUCUGUGAAAGAGGAUGACAUUUUGAGAAAAGAGAAUGCAAAACUAAGGAAAGAGAUAAGUGAAAUGAAAAAAAGAAUGUCAGAAAGAGAGUCUGUACCAGUGGGUAUUUUGGAAUUGAAAUCCCAGCUGGAAGACCCCACCAACAUGGAAGUCCAUUGUCAUGAGCUCCAAACACCGCUACUACACCUACAGAGUCAGCUUGAUAUGAAGUCUGCCCCUGAAAAUGAACUUAACGCAGAGAACUCUGCCCUAAAGAAAGAGGUCAGUAAAUCAGAAGACUGGGGUGAGACAGUAAAAAUGCUAAAGUCUCGAUACGAGGACAUCAGAAACCAGUUUGAUGAACUUUUAAGAAAGAAGACGGAAGCUGAAUUAGAUGUGGCUCCUUUAAAGGCCAGACUUGCCUGUGUAGUCCAGAAAUGUCAGGAGCGCAAUAGCUUGAUAAUUCAGCUGGUGAGGGCACUGCGCAGGCACGGCUUCAUUGACUUCAAUGUGAUCGAGGAAGCUGAAGACCUGGUGAAUGACACUGCCCUGAUGGAGUAUUCAGGCACCUACCGUCUUUCACACAGCAGUCAGGGUUUUUAUAAGGAUAUAUGGGGACAGGAGACGCAAACAGAUGAAGAAGGGCCCCUGCAGAGCUCCUUGUCCAGCGGCAGAGGGAGCCUCCCAGAUCUCGAUGGGUCUCUCAGCUUCCGCUCCUGUGUAGCCACAGCUGAUUACUCUCCAUCCCCUGACAUGCCGAGCACAGUGCUGCCCACUUUGCCUCUGUCUGCUGGGGAAGUAGUUCAAGUCACUGGAGUUCCAGACAACCAUGGGCUGUACCAUGCAGAAGUAAAGGGAGAGGCGGGGCUUGUUCCUGCAUGUCUUCUAGAAGAAACUGAGGACCUGCGCCAAGACCUGCACCCCUCUGAUAAACAAUGUACUGGUCCAGUCCCAGGGUUAACCAGUCCUGAGAGGAUCAUUCAGCUAUAUCAGCAAAUGCAGCAAGCACACUGCAGCAAUUACCAGGUAGUUUCAUCGGUCACGUCUGAUUCCAACCCCGAGACAGACCGCAGUCUGCUUUCAACUCCCUGUCUGGUCCAGGGUGGACGUCCCAGACUAUUCAAAUCACAGCCGGAAAAUGAGGCAGAGGUCGCUGGUAGGCCCAGUAAUGUCCAGGGAAAAGAUGCCGGGGAGCAGAUGAAGAGAGGUACCAGCCAAGCAAGGCGAGACGCAGGAGUCAUACUGAAUAACACAUGGCUCUCUAGGGAUGAUGCAAAUUGUUGUGCCUCAGCAGCUGCAGCAAGGAGCCAUUUGUCAGAGCUGUCACUACUGAACAGCCAGGAGCAAAAUGUCAAGGGGAUCAUCUCCAAUAGCCUAUUUCCAGAACAGAGAUCAAUAAGAGCCAAGCUAGAACCCCCUUCACCAGUUGGCUCGCUUCAGAUUGUGAAGACUGUGGGUCAAAGCAGCCUCAUGAUUGGCUGGGACAGACCCCCACUGGAUGAGCUGGGCUGUAGCAAUGGCACUUUUGUUUAUGGUUACCGGAUCUAUGUUGAUGGGGAAUUCCACAAAUCAGUGAUGAGUGCAGCUUGUACUAAGGCAGUGUUGGAAAAUGUUGACCUGUCAGUGCCAUUUCAAAUCAGUGUCCAGACACUGGGGGCCAAUGGGCUGUUUGCUGAGAAGGUCCAUAUUCUCUUCCAGAGCUCUGACUCGCCUGCUGGCGCAGAGCUGUCCUCUCGCGACCUCAGGACUUCUCACACACACAAGCCCAGCAGGACUCAGACGAACGUCAGUACACCCCAUCAGUCGAAAACAUUUUCUCAAGGUUCUGGUGUGAAGCCUACUAAGUUUAUCGCCAUCUACAACUACAGUCCCCUGAAAGACAGCCCCAAUAUUCACCCCAGCCGAGAGCUAGGUUUCAGGGAAGGGGACACUGUGUGGGUGUUUGGAAAACCAAGGAGGGACGGCUUCUGUGAGGCAGAGGUCAAUAGAAGGCGAGGUCUUGCACCAGCAGCGUUCCUUGAGAAAGUUAAUGUGGGACUGCCGAGGGAGAAGAAGGAAAAAGCAUUCCUCUGAAGUGCCAUGAGCUGCAGUGCUAUAGCCACCAGCACAGAAGAGCAAGCCCCUGCCGAGAGGACAGUGUGAGCAGUCUGGCCUUCCAAUCCAAUUCACAGCAAAUGACUUCAGAAGAAAGGGAAUAGGUUCAAUUUAAAAGUAACUCUUUGUGAUUCAUCGGAGCUCUGUGGUUUUGCAUGGAAUUCUACAAAGGCAGACAGUUUCCUUGGUUUAAAACACCAAUGCCUGAAUGCUUUAAAGAUAAAUAUUUGAGAGACUGGAAGAUGAGAAAAUCAGUCACUUAACCGUCAUUAUCUAAUUUAAUUAAUUUCGUUUUAUCCUUGGGAAAUACAGCAGAUUCUUGACAUUGUUGAAACCCGCCAAAAUCCUGAACAGUAAAUGCAAAUAUCCUGUAUGUGGACAUUCAAAGCAUCCUUAUUUUGGCCACACUGAACCCCAGGUUCACUUACAGUAUGAUUAGCUUGCAUUAAGCACUAGGGUAUAUUUACUACUGUAGGUGCACAAGUGUAUUUAAUAUAACAUAUGGAUCAUUACACAUGAAUGGUCUUCAAAUAAGAACCUAUACAGUAAAUGCAUCUGUGUGUGAAGUCCUUCAUGCUGUUGUGAAGUAACUUAAAUGUAACUUUAACUUAAAGGUUUGGGCUUGGCCUGUACAUACAGUACUGUACAGUAUCAAUGUGCAUAAUCAUGUAAACUGUUUAUCAUGCACAAACCUAUGGUGCUAGUUACUAAUCAGCAAUGCUAUAACCUAGGCCUGGUACCAAAUUCUUGCCUUUCUCUUCAAAUUUGAUCUGUCUAUACAUUCCAAGUAUUUUGGUGUAUUCAUCUCUUUUAAAGAUGACCAUGUUCUUGAAACUUUGAGGUUUGCUGUUUACCAAGCUAUAAAACUGUUAUGUAUCUUAUUGUGUAUGUCAUUUACUGUUUAUUUCAGCAAAUUCUUAUAGUACUAUUUGUUUUGUACUAUUUAUAACUGUUUAUUAGAAAUUGCCACUUACCUAAUAUUAUACUUAUUUUCUGCUGCUUCCUUUUACAAUAUAAACAUAUGGUGCAACGUGUACAAAGUUUAUCAGUAUGUAUAUAUUUCAUGUUUUUCAUGGGAAAUCAGUUCUAAAAUUGACACUAUAUUUAAGAUUGAAGUAUUAAACAUUUAAAAACAUUUAGGAAGCAUCUUAUUUCAGCAGAAUAUCUUGCCUUUUGCUACUUUGUUAACGUAAACUAUGAAGUAGGCUUAAAUGUUAAAAGGUUUGAUGAGUUUAAGUAUUCAAAUAAACAUUGAAUGGUUAUAAGACAGAAGAAGCUUGGAUCAAAAAUUAAGUGGGUGGUGUAUAACAUGAGCUUUAUAACCAAUACAUUAUUUUUAAAAUCUCAGCUCCUGUUUUCUUAUAGGGUUCUUUAUGCCUUUACAUUGGUAUUAAGCAUUUAUAGGGUGCUUACGAACACUUGCCUUUUCACCUAGAAACAGACUUUACCAACUGAGGACAGUGACAUUCAUCACAUUUCCAAGGUGAGACUAAUACUGAGGAGGAAACUCAAUAAAAGGUGUUAGGGAACAGUUUAUAGUGCAAGUUUAUGUGCAGUUAUACACACAAGACACACAUUGAAAAAACAUGCAUUGGAUUAAGAACAUACUGUACAGAUUGCCCAGUUUAUGAACACAGAUUUCCCUUAAAAAUAUGUAAUAUAUUGCACAUAAUGAAAAAUCCAGAGAGCAUGAACUGAUUGAAAUUAAAUACUGAAUUGUGGGCUCUUUAUAAAAUUGAAAAAGUUUUGUAUUUCACAGUCAUACUGUAAGCUGUUUGUUUGUUUUUUUCCAUUUUUAAAAUACUGCACUGUGAUACAAUUGUAGUAUACUUUUAAUCACUUGCUUGUUUCUAUUUCAUAAAUAAUUUGUUUUUCAUUUAAGCAUUUGGCACAAUCAGCCUAGCAGAUAUCUUAUGAAUGGAUAACUUUAUGUAUAUAUAGUAUAUAUCUACUAAUUUAACAUAACACUAGAAGGAGAGUUUUUGCUAAUACUGGACAGAAUGUCAAUUUAUUUAAUGGCAUGUCAGUGAGAUCCUUUGGAAAUCCUUUAGUGCCUUAUGGAGGCAGAGAGGGGGCAGACCAUAGGAUUAUGCUUACUUGUUACAGUAGUGUCCAAUUUCAGAUCUAACCAAAUACAGCAGGGUUAAUUCCAAAGAUUUUUAAUCCGCUUUGCUCACUUAUUCUACAACCAUGCUUACCUUAUCGAAUUAAAAUGACUUUUUAUGUGUUGGAACUAUUUUCAUAUUCAUUUAGUUUAAUGUACGUUUUAUUUCUAAAAGAAAACCCUUCCUACACAUGGAAAAAAACAAUGACAAGAACUUGAAAGUUAUCCCCUUUGUGCCUUUGGGUUUUUAGUUAAAGGAGCACCAUAAUACAUCUGUAUGAUGUUUGUCAUGAUUUUGUCAAUCUUACAGCUCUUACUGUAUAUUGCAACCCAAGGCCUUUCACUGUGUAUAAAUGUCUAGACAUGCAAUGUGUGAUUACAAAAAGCAUUUACUUUUGUUAAGAUUAGUAGUAGAGUGAAACUAUAUGAGCUUUCCCUUGGGUUUAUGCUCUGUGUAUGGUAGCUUUAUUAUUAAUACUUGUAUUUAAUUGUAAAUACGCGAACAAUUAUCUUGUUAAUACAAAUGUAUUUUUGUAUUUUAAGAUGUAUUGAUUUCUGUAAUAUUUGUAAAAAUUGUAAA